GCCCAGGACGACAGGCUCGGUCGCUACUGGCCGAGGCAAAAUCUGCUCGGCACACUCGGGAUGACAGGACAGCGAACCAAGCCACCGUCAGCUGAGGACAUGAUAAACUAGUUUGUUAACUGGCUAACAGUGUUAGUUAAUGGCUAACGGUGAAAAACAAAAUUGCAACAUACCGUUAGUGUGCUGAAGGUAGGAUAAUUAUAGAAAUACUUUUGGAGUUAAGGCUAACUUUACGUUAGCAACCGACCACUAGCUAGCUAAUGUUAAAUCUGAUUAAGCAUUCAAAUUAACACAGCUAGCUAACGCAUAACCUAUUUGAUGUGGCUUGACAGUUACAGCGUAACAUUAGAUAACAUUUCUGGAGAAAACAAAAGUUGGAAAGUUUAAGUCACGUCGAGAAAUCAUGGCGUCGAUGCUGUUUGACUCGACUGCAUAUGCAGAGGAGCAGUUUUGACUUUGGGCUGUCAACAAGCUUGCUGACGUUAGCUAUCCUGGCUAGCCAGCUAGCUUUCCUGCUAUCAUGGCCAAAAUAGAGAACGGCCGUCAAUCAGUGGACACAAGGAGUAUCCGGACUAUCAGCAGCAGUCACAUAGACGAUGAAAGCUCUUUGGGAUCCGACUCAGAGAUCAACGGCUUCACCAGCGACAGGCAAACCGAUAAAUAUGGAUUUAUUGGUGGGGCACAGCAGUACUCGGAGGCGUCAGCUCAGGAUGUGCCUCCAGAGGUGCUCAGGCAAAGGGAGGUGAAGUGGCUUGACAUGCUCAACCACUGGGACAAGUGGAUGAUCAAGAGAUUCGAUAAGGUGAGGCUGCGGUGCCAGAAAGGAAUCCCUCCUGCCCUCCGAGGCCGCGCAUGGCUCUACCUUUCAGGGGGGAAGGUGAAGAGAGAACAGAACCAAGGAAAGUUUCAGGAGCUGGAUAGCCAGCCAGGAGACCCCAAGUGGCUUGAUGUGAUUGAGAAAGACCUCCAUCGACAGUUUCCUUUCCAUGAGAUGUUUGUGUCACGGGGGGGACACGGGCAGCAGGACCUGUUCCGUGUCCUUAAGGCCUACACUCUCUACAGGCCAGAGGAGGGAUACUGCCAAGCUCAGGCUCCCAUUGCUGCUGUGUUGCUCAUGCACAUGCCUGCUGAGGACGCCUUCUGGGGGCUGGUCCAAAUUUGUGAGAAGUAUCUUCCUGGCUACUACAGCCCUGGCCUGGAAGCUAUACAGUUAGAUGGAGAGAUCCUGUUCGCUCUGCUGCGACGCGUCUCCCCGCUAGCCUUCCGCCAUCUGGAGAAACACAAGAUUGACCCCAUCCUCUACAUGACUGAAUGGUUCAUGUGUGCCUUCUCUAGAACGCUGCCCUGGGCCUCUGUGCUGCGUGUCUGGGACAUGUUCCUUUGUGACGGAGUAAAGAUAAUCUUCCGUGUGGGUUUGGUGCUGCUCAAGUGCAUGCUGGGAACCAGGGAGAAGCUGAAAGCCUGCCAGGGCCAGUAUGAGACCAUGGAGCUUCUCAGGGCCAUAGAACCUCGAUACAUGCAGGAGGGCUACCUUGUCCGAGAGAUUCUGGAGGUGCCAGUGACCGCGCGAGAUGUGGAAAGAGAGCAUCAUGCCCAGCUGAAGCGCUGGAAGAAGAACCGUGGAGAGCUGAAUUUCAAACCGCCUCCGAGGAUGCACGGCGCGCGGCUCAUCAUGUUGUCUGAGCCGCCCAGACGCCAGGACCUGCAGCAGAACCCCACCAUUGUACUAGAGGUCCCUCAGCCCACCCUGAAGAAGGGCAAGGAGGAGAAGAAGAGCAAAAAGAAGAAGAGUGUGAAGAAAUCCCAGCCCGUCGUGGAGAUCCCCAACCCUUACCCUCUUCCAAACGACCCUCCACCUCCACCCUCAGAUCCUCUUCCAAACAACAACCCUCCACCUCUGGCCUCAGAUCCUCUUCCAAACGACCCUCCACCUCCAUCUUCGGAUCCUCUUCCGAACAACCUCCCACUUCCACCCUCAGAUCCACCUGCCCCACCUCCAGUCAGGGACGAGACGGCAGAAACCGUGCCACAAACUGAAUCAGACUCACCUCACCAGCAGCAAGCGCCUCCUACAGACCUCCCCCCUGCCAAAGAAUCUCCUCUUCAGCGAUCCACACAAAGCCUUAGCAGCACAGAGCAGGAUACGUACCUGUAGCUCCACAGCAGUCAGUGCGUUUGUGUUAGUGUGUGUGCAUGUGUGUGUGGACGAAGCACCAGCACCCUUCAGCCAACAACCAGCUGGCUUUGCCAAGGUCUGUGACUGGCCAGCAUCACUUUUACUCUAGUGUUGGACUGUUUUGUAUUCAUGUAUUCAUUUUAGACACCAUUUUGCCUAUGAUAUUAUUGGUAUACACUAAAGCAUCAUUGCUGAGUGUAAAACUGCUUUGAUGUUUGUGCCAUUUCUCCACAUGAAGCUGAUGUUACCUCCUCUUAAUGCUUGAUGCUUUUAUUCAGACCAUAAGUCUUAAUAUCCUGUUUACAGCGGAGACACGUUACUGAGUUUUUGGGAGCAAAGUCAUUUCUUCAGACAAAUGGGACUAAAAGAACCAACAAGGUGCCACAGUAAUGCAGUUUUCCAUACAUUUCCACUCAAAUUCAACACUAUUGAGCUCACCUGUAACACUGUGCAGCAGUGGAUAUAAACUGCAGAUACAAGCUGCGUGCUUUUCAAUUUUGUAAGCCAUUAUCCUUCAUGAGGGGUUUUGUGCACUAGAGGGCAGCCUCACACAGGUUCCAGUCAUGAUUUCUGUUACAUUACCUGUUAGUCAAGCUGAUCACAGAAGAGAUGGUAUUCCUUUAUGGAUUCACUCAGUUUGGGAGGUAUUUUUCUGAGAUUGAGCUUGCAUUUUUUCAGUAGGGAAAGUUUUGCAUUUCAUGUUUUAUAUUCUUACAUUUAAUCUGAAAAUCAUCUGCCUGACUCAGUGAAAAUGAGUCACUCCAUGUGGUUUACCUGCAUUUCUUAUUCUACAAGCACUAUUUAAAGAACAGUUUAAUUAUGCAAUUUGAUAUCUGUGCAUGCCCUGCUAGUGCACAAAUGGUCACAUUUUUUUCUGAGUCUGCUGAGCUAAUGUGGUGUAACUCUGUAUAAACUAUAAUACUGUGCCAGGCACUUCCAGCCACUUUAGAGCAGCAGUAAAUCAUGUUACUUGGGCAGUAGAGAGGAGACACACUGGACAUUCCUCAUUGUAUGACACAUUCCCGCCUUGUUAAAAGCUAAUCAGUCUAAAAGCUGUCUCUUGCCAAAUGCAAAUCUGUGUAAUGUAUGUAUUUGUCCAUGUGUUUCCUGUCACAACUUGGACAGUGAGUGAUUGCAGAUCAUCUAAUGGUGCCGACCCUCCACUUGGCAUAGUUCAAGCAUCCAGCUGGGGGCCAAGCAGAUCUUACUGUGUAUGUUGGGUCUGGGUUUUUUUUUUGUUUUUUGUUUUUUUUUUGCUAGAAUUUCCAAAGCAAAUCAAGACUGUUGUUUGAGACGAUCUUCGACCGCUACCUGUGACCAGGCUUAUUCAAUUAGUACAGUCGAGGGAUCAUGAGAUUUCAAGAUUUUUUGGGAUAUUUGUAGCAUUUCUCUGAUGAGAACCUGCCUCAUUUCUUUGGGAAAUAUGGACACAAGCAUGAGCUGUGAGGCAGUUCUUUUCAAAACAUGGUGGACAGUCUUUUUCGUGACGGUCCAAGUUUGUUUUCUAAUUUUCAUGACAGUGACAAAUGAUAAAGGGAGUUUUGACAAGCAUAAGCACACGUGUGGGAUGUGUUUGUGUGUAUAAUCAAUAUUUUAAAAAAAAGUCUGCUUAAAAAAUGCAUGUGUAGGUCAGUUGUAAAAAAGCAAUGGGGUUUAAAAGGAUAACACAUUUUCAAGUCACUUACCUGUAUGCAAUAGUUUUUUAGUUGCUUGUAUUACACACCUCACAUUUCGCUGAUGUUAUAUUUUAAUUUAAUGCUCUUUGUGUAGAUAUGACAUGUAAAAUAACCCUUUGUUUUGUAAUGAAAUCUAUUUUUCAAUGUAUAAUGCCAUAUUUUAUUGAGCAGUUACAGAAACUGCAGAGGGGACAUCUCUAAAUAAUUUGCAGCCUGAGAGUAUAUUUCGAUCAACAUUUGUAACACUAGAAAAAAAAAUCUGUUCAUCUGGAAUUUUGGGCUAACUUUUGCCACUGAAAAUGUUUUUCUUACUCUAAAGACAGAUUGGUAUUUUACCAUUCAUGAUAGGGUGACAAAAGAGAUGUUUGACAACCACAGGGCAGAAUGCAUCGUCAUGACUUUAAAUUUUACAAAUAAAAUUUUGUUUAAAGCAAA